AUGGUAUCGGACAACGAGCUCGUCGACCGGCUGCGUGAGUUUCUAAGCACGUCAGACCUCAACAUCACCACCAACAGUGACGUCCGGCGAAAGCUCGAAAAGGACUUCAAUAUCGAUUUAUCGGAUAGAAAAGUGUUCAUUCGAGAGCAAAUUGAUCUUUACCUUGAAAGCCACUAUCAAGUUAACCAAGAAAAUGAGAAUAAUGAGGAAGAAAUGGAAGAAGAAAACGAUCAAGGACCGUCAGCGGAAGUUAAAUCGGAAGUGAGUGAAGAGGAAGAAGACCCGGAGGAGGAGGAAGAAGAAGAAGAAGACCCGGAGGAGGAAGAAGAAGAGGAAUCUGAGGCUGUUGCUAAAGUAAAACGAAGAAGUUCUAAGAAAAAGCCUGUGAAGAAGAAUGAAACUGGUAAAAGGAAAGCUGGUGGAUUUACCAAACUAUGCAGCCUUUCUCCGCAACUUCAGAAAAUUACUGGGGUAGCUGAACUGGCAAGGACAGAGGUGGUGAAGAGGAUGUGGCACUAUAUAAAUGAAAAUGAUUUGAAAAAUCCAUCAGAUAAGCGGAUUAUAAACUGUGAUGACACAUUGCGCGAGCUUUUUGGUGUGCAUACCAUAGGCAUGUUCGAAAUGAACAAGGCCCUGACAAAGCAUAUCUGGCCUUUGGAUUCUGAUGGUGCAAACAAAAAGCGGCGGAAGCAAGAGGAGGAUGAAGAUUCAGAUGAGCCAAAGAAAGAGGAAAAGCAGAAGAACUCUGGUAUGCAUGCUCCACUCCGGCUUUCUAAUGCCUUGAUUAAUUUCCUUGGUACUGGAGAGAGUGAAUUGUCUCGACCCAAUGUUGUUAAAAGAAUUUGGGAAUACAUUAAGCAAAAUGGCUUACAGGAUCCAUCUGACGAGAGGCAAAUAAUAAGUGAUGAGAAGUUGAAAGAACUGUUUCAUGUUGAAACCCACAGGGGAAUUGGAGUAACGAAACUACUUUCUACACAUUUUAUUAAGGCAGAAGGGUGAUAUGGUGGUCAUCAUUUGGUGAAAAUCUCGAAUAGCUUCAGAAUUUUGCUUUAAGUUUGAAGCUUGAUGCCAACAUCUUUGUUAUCUUUUCUGUUGUAUAUGU